AUGCGUAAUUGGUUUGGACGAGGCCAAUCCCUCCAGGUUGCGGUGACAUCCUGCUGUCUGUUGGCUUUCGUCUUGUUUGGAUAUGAUCAGGGGCUAUUUAGUGGCAUCAUCGACAAUGAAAACUGGAACGUGCAGUUCGGUUCACCCAAUGACUCUGAGCAGGGCAUUAUUUUGGGCUCAUACAAUUUGGGAUGUCUGGUUGGAUGUUUCGUCAACUUCUUCAUUGGAGAGCUCCUUGGUCGCCGGAAAACUAUCUGGCUGGCGAUGGUUGCGGUGAUCAUAGGUGCUAUAUUACAAGCCUCGUCAUUUCACGUGAUUCACUUGAUCAUCGGCCGCCUUAUUACUGGCCUUGGAACUGGUCUGAAAACUUCUACUGUACCAAUGUACCAAGCAGAGAUGUGUGAUGCAAAGACAAGAGGUCGUCUUAUCGCCUCGGAAGUACUGUUCGUUGCCUUCGGAGUGGUAAUGGCCUACUGGUUUGAUUAUGGAAUGUCCUUCGUAGGAGGACCGAUCGCCUGGCGACUUCCCAUCGCUGUACAAGUCUGUUUCGCUGUUUUUGUCAUUGUGCUUGUUUUCGGCCUGCCAGAAUCUCCUCGCUGGUUGAUGAACCAUGGAAAGGAGAAAGAGGCCAUCCGGGUAUUGUGUACCGUUCAUGACAAGGAGGAGAAUGAUGAGUACAUCGUCAACGAUCUGAGGGCAAUGAUUUCCGCUAUUGAGCUUGAGAAAACUGCGAGCAAGAAAUCGUUCCUGCAAAUCUUUCGCAACGAUGAAAUCAAGACUGGACAGCGAGUACUUCUCGCGUGGGGUAUGCAACUGAUGAAUCAGGUUUCUGGAAUUAACCUUAUUGUUUCAUAUGUUCCAACUAUAUUGAGAGACACCAUGGGCUUAAACAGGCAACUCGCUCAAAUUUUGGGAGGAUGUAUCCAAAUAAUGUUCAUGCUUGGCUCUCUUCUCCCAGCGUUCAUGCUAGAUCGCAUGGGCCGCCGCCGAACAAUGAUGUGGGGUUCCUUCGGCCUAGGUGUAUGCAUGUUGAUGAUUGCAGCUCUGCAAUCGCAAAUUUAUGAACCCCAUGGCAUGACUUUCGCCUCCGCCUCUGUCGCAUUCUUCUUCCUAUAUAUGCUCGUCCACGGGAUGAGCAUCAAUUCGGUGCCAUGGGUAUACGUGCCAGAGAUUCUGCCCUUGGAAGCUCGCACCAAGGGAACAGCUAUUGGAAUAAGCUCCAACUGGCUCUGGAAUUUCAUAGUGGUCAUGAUUACACCAGUGAUCAUUGAUCGCCUCCAUUGGAAGGCGUAUUUAAUCUUCAUGAUUACAAACUUCAUUUUCAUUCCCGUUGUUUACUUCUUUUACCCGGAGACAAGCAAUUUCAGACUGGAAGACAUUGAUCUCAUUUUCUCCCGGGGCGGAGACCCGGUCGAGCAGGCAAGGUUGUUGGCGGCGGAAAUCAAAGCCCAUGGCUAUAUUCGAUCGGAAAAACAGGUGGACAAGGAGGAUAUAAAUAAGGUAGAGCAUGUUUGA